AUGGCGCUGCUCGACAAGGUGCCCGGCGACCUGAACCUCUACAUUGGCGGCCUCUUCACCCUGCGCCGCCGCGAGGCUCUCGCCCAAGCGAACAUCACCCAUGUCGUCUCCGUGCUUCGCCUGCCGCUCGACAGGGACCUGUUCAGCCCUUACGCGCACCACGUCGUCGAGGUCGAUGAUGUCGAGGAUGAAAAUCUGCUCGAGCACUUCCCGCAGACCAACCGUUUCAUCCAGGACGGCCUUGACAUUGGCGGUGGCGUCCUCGUGCACUGUGCUAUGGGCAAGUCCCGCUCGGCCACAGUGGUCAUAGCUUACCUGAUGCACAAGUACCACAUGUCGCCCGCUGAGGCCCUCGAGCAAAUCCGCUUGGCCCGCCCGAUUUGCGAGCCAAACGAGGGCUUUAUGAAGCAGCUGGAAAUCUACCACAGCAUGAACAUGCCCGACAACAUCGACGAAUCGCCCGCCUAUCAGCGCUGGCUUUACCAGCGCGAGGUCGAGCUGAGCCGCGCUUGUGGCCAGGCGCCCGAGGCAGAGAAGAUCCGCUUCGAGGACGAGCAUAUCACGGAGGCUCAGGCAGAGCUGGAGCUGAGAUGCCGCAAAUGCAGACGUCCGCUAGCAACGUCGGCGUUCAUCAACAGCCACCCUGCGUCAACGAACGAGGCCGGUCAGCAGAAGUUGGACGCCUCGAAUUGCUCGCACUACUUUAUCGAUCCCCUGUCGUGGAUGAGGCCCGAGCUCGAGCAGGGCAAGCUCGACGGGCGGUUCGAGUGCCCGAAGUGCAAGACUAACGUGGGCAAGUACGCCUGGCAGGGCAUGCGGUGCAACUGCGGCGACUGGGUCGUCCCCGCCAUUAGUCUGUCCAAAGGGCGAAUCGAUGAGGUGCGCAAGCGCGCGGGGAACGCGGAACAGCUGGCGAGCAUCAGGAGACCGCCCGGCGUAGGAGGAGGAAGAGGCGGCGGCGGCGGCCCGAUAGGGCCUGAAGCUGGCGCAGCGGUUGCAGGUAGGGCUCCUGGGAUGGGCAAUUUGUAG